AUGACGGUCUUCAUCGCAUCUUUAUUUCUCCCUUAUACCAUCGAUUUCCAAUUGACGGAACCCAAGCAUGGACAGCACGGGUCGAUGUCUAGCCAUCCAAAUGUCGAUGGACCUGCAUCUAUCGUUGGGCGACUGUCGGAUACCUAUUGUCAAACUCGUCCCAUGAGCUGUCUUCCACUAACACCCGGAGCCACGACAGAAGACGAGACGGUCUUCAAAGGAUAUACUUCGCGAUUAGCAGAUGAGAUUCCGAUUGCCAACGAUCGAUUGUGGCACGGCCCCAGUGAGCCCCGUGCCAUUCCUUGGGGACAAAGCCGGCGGUUUAAUCAGCCCCAAUCCAAGGCAACAGAUCCUCCAACACCGUCCAUUUUGAGUAGUCGAGGCUCAAUCCAAGGAAUGAGAAGGGAGUUGGCUUUGGAUGGAUCACAGGAUCGAUGGGGCAUGAAAUACCACUGUAGCACACGAGUCUCGCUCUCUAAUGCUGACUGGGUCGUCAAGGCUGCCGAACAAGGCCAUGGAGGUCUGCAAAAUGCCAUCCACGCUGCUGAAAAGUCGAGCUUGCUCAAGGACAAGACUUGGGUAGGGACUCUAGGCAUGCCUACCGACUCAUUGACAGAUCCUACCAGGACGGACAUCGCUGAGACCCUCCAGGAUGUGUAUGAUUCGCUGACUGUGUUUGUGAGCGACAACGAGUUUGAGGGUCAUUACACCCAUUUCUGCCGCGCGGUACUUUGGCCAGCCCUUCAUUAUCAGAUGCAAGAAAGCCCUCGGCAUACUGAGUACGACGGUUACUCUUGGGUCCAAUACCUCAAGCUCAACAAGGCAUUUGCAGAAACAAUCAUCAAGCACUGGAAGCCAGGUGAUAGAAUAUGGGUUCAUGACUAUCACCUUCUGGUUCUUCCUGGCCUUCUGAGGGAAAAACUACCCCAGGCCGAGAUUGGAUUUUUCUUGCAUACCCCGUUUCCUUCCUCCGAAAUCUUCCGCUGUUUGACUUCACGCGAAGAACUGUUGGAUGGGCUUCUGGGCGCCGACUUGGUUGGAUUCCAGACAGAGGAAUACUGCAAUCACUUUCUUCACUCUUGCAGCCGGCUGAGGAGGCUCGAGGUCUCUGCCAAUCAAGUCCACCUCAAUCAUCGGUACGUUAGUGUUGUGAAUUCUCCAUUGGGGAUUGACCCCUCAUCACUUUAUAUACUACGACAAUCCACCGAGGUCAAGGGCUGGGUACACAGUAUCAGCCAUAGGUACCAAGGGCAAUAUCUCAUCGUAGCGCGGGACCGAUUGGAUGCACCCGGAGGGAUUAAGCAGAAGCUUUCGGCAUAUGAGCUUUUUCUCAAGACCUAUCCAGAAUGGAGAGAGCAAGUAGUUUUAGUCCAAGUAAUGUCGUCUGCAUCUGAGAUCCCAGAGCUGGAGGCACAGAUCUCAAAAAUCGCAAUGAGGAUCAAUGCAACAUAUUCAACCAUCACUCACCAGCCCUUGGUGCUGGUCCAGCAAGACAUCAGCCACUUGCAAUUCAUCGCCCUCCUAAGUGUUGCACAUAUCUUCAUGGCCACCAAUCUACGCGAGGGAAUGAACCUGACUAGCCAUGAUUUCAUCCACUGUCAAGAUGGACAGCUUACCUCGCACCAACAUGGAUCCCUGAUUCUUAGCGAGUUCGUGGGUAGUGCCUCCAUUUUUCGUGGCCAUAAGCUUCUCGUCAAUCCGUGGGACUACAAACAAUGUGCCGAUGCGAUCAAAACCGCACUCGAGAAGUCACCAGCGGAGCUAAAACUCAACUGGAACUUCCUGCUCGAUCGCAAGUCUCCCUACACUGCUCUCAAAUGGCACAUGGGGCUACAAGACGCUCUCACAAAAGCCCACGAAAUACAACGAAUCCGGCAGACAAAUCACCUCUCUCCGGUUUCACCUAAUGGCUUGAAAAAGUCAUACCUCGCCGCCAGAGCACGAAUGUUCUUUUUGGAAGACAGCGCAAUCUUCGGUCCAGCUUUCGGCACAGAAGAGUCUCUGCCCUCAAACAAAGCCUGUGCAACUCUACAAACACUCAUAAACGAUCCCAAGAAUACCUUAUACAUAACCAGCAAUUGGAGCACCGAGCAGCUCCAAGAAACACUCGAAAAACUCCCCUGCGAGCUCGGUUACAUCGCCGAGAAUGGCUGUUUCCUACGAGAACCUAAAUUAGAUUUAUGGAUUCCAUUUGUGCCCGAAAGCGCCAUGAAAUGGUGUCCCGGUAUCAAAAAGAUGAUGGAGUAUUUCCACGAGCGAACAGAAGGCAGCCGAAUUGAGGAACGCCGCUGCUCUCUAACAUUUCAUUAUGACGGCGCGCUCGACCGCGAAGUAGCCGCUCGCCAGGCCUCCGAGCUAGCCGAUCAAAUCAAUGGUGCCAGCGGGCGUGCGGAUUUCCAUGUCGUCCGCGAGGCAACAUCUGUGAAGGUUGAACCACCACACGCUGCUCUCGGAAAUGGGAGAGUCGCCACCUAUAUUCUAGACCAUCUCCCCAAUAUCAAAUACCCCGAGUUCCUAUUUGCAGCUGGUGGUUCUCGCAGUGGUGAGGCGCUGUUUCGAUGGGCAAAUGAGUUGGCUGUUGCUCCUGCUGCUUCUCGGUUUGAUAAGUCUGAGCUUGGGAAAACGCUCCACGUCACCACCGUGACAACUAGCACACAUGCUACUGAGGCAAGGUCGGUGUUGCCGCCUGAUUGCUCGCUUUUGGAUGUUUUGAAUGAACUGUCGAGUUUCACGUCCAAUGGGGAGGAGACUAAAUGA